UAAUAGAGACAUUUGAAUAGGUCACUAAUCAAACAAGGGCAUUGGUAUUGAGCAAUGCCCAUAGUGUAGGGUACUCUGCAAUCUACACCGGAAGUUGUUAGCUGCACCGCUAGCUGUACCCUACACACUGGAAUGUUGAGUGCUGAAUUGUGAUUAACUGGUAGAUGAGGUCUUCAGUCUGCGAUGGCGGUCGUCUCUUGGAAGGAGGUCCUCCUUCUCUCAGCGCUGGUGGUAGGAUGCUACUGGAACACUCUGUGGUGCGGCUUCGUGUUUGACGAUGUGUCUGCCAUCCUGGACAACAAGGACUUGCGGCCAGCCACCCCUCUCCGAAACCUGUUCCAGAACGACUUCUGGGGCACCCCCAUGGCCGAGGAGCGGAGCCAUAAAUCCUACCGCCCGCUGACAGUGCUCACCUUUCGGCUGAACUACCUGCUCAGCGAGCUGAGCGCUCCCUCCUACCACCUGCUCAACGUGGUGCUGCACGCUGUGGUGUGUGUGCUGUUCCUGCGCGUGUGUCGCACCUUCCUGGACAGGACGUCCAGCCUGGUAGCGGCGCUGCUGUUUGCCGUGCACCCCAUCCACACAGAAGCUGUCGCAGGUGUGGUUGGCAGGGCUGAACUGCUGUCUUCCAUCUUCCUCCUGGCUGCGUUUCUGGCGUACACCAGGUCUACUGGCAGGGACAACUCCAUAGUGUGGACCCCGAUCGGCGUGACGGUGGUCCUGGUGUCUGCGGCGACCCUGUGCAAGGAGCAGGGCAUCACCGUGGUGGGCAUCUGCUGUGUCCACGAGGUCUUCGUCGCCCAGGGGUUCACGUUGCCCAUGCUGGGGGACACCUUCCUCCAGGUGCUUCGGGAUAAAGCCUGCUUCCCCUACACUGUCCUGCAGACUCUCCUCAAGCUCAUGGUCCUCGUGAUCAGCACCCUGCUGCUGGUGAUCGUCCGCGUCCAGGUCAUCCAGUCCCAGCUCCCCGUCUUCACCAGAUUCGAUAACCCGGCGGCAGUCAGCCCGGCGCCCACCAAACAGCUGACGUUCAACUACCUCCUGCCCGUCAACGCGUGGCUCCUCCUCAACCCCUCGGAGCUCUGCUGCGACUGGACCAUGGGCACCAUCCCCCUGGUGGAGUCCUUCCUAGACGCCCGCAACCUGGCCACCCUGGCCUUCUACGGCCUGCUGGGCCUGCUGGCCUACCACAGCCUGCGCUAUAGCCACAGCUCCGCCAAAACAGUUAUCAUGGCUCUCUCCCUGAUCGUGCUCCCCUUCGUGCCCGCGUCCAACCUCUUCUUCCCGGUGGGUUUCGUGGUGGCUGAGCGGGUGCUCUACGUCCCCAGCAUGGGCUUUUGUGUGCUAGUGGCACACGGCUUCAGGGUGGUCUCGCGCAAAGGACAACUGAAGAAGAUGUCGUGGAUGGUCAUCGGGGUCCUCCUCGCCACACAUGCCGUGAAGACCUUCAACCGGAACUUGGAUUGGGAAUCUGAGUACACGCUGUUCACCUCUGCACUGAAGGUGAACAAGAACAAUGCCAAACUGUGGAACAAUGUUGGGCAUGCACUAGAAAACCAAAACAAUUACGAGAGAGCUCUCCGCUAUUUCCUCCAGGCCACCAGAGUGCAGCCAGAUGACAUCGGUGCCCAUAUGAACGUGGGGAGAACCUACAAGAACCUGAACAUGUCUAAAGAGGCUGAGGAAGCCUACAUGAUCGCCAAAUCCCUGAUGCCACAGGUAAUCCCCGGGAGGAAGUACGCCACCCGGGUGGCCCCCAACCACCUGAACGUCUACAUCAACCUGGCCAACCUGAUCCGGACCAACGAGUCGCGUCUGGAGGAGGCUGACCAGCUCUACCGCCAGGCCAUCAGCAUGAGGCCUGACUUCAAGCAGGCCUACAUCAGCAGAGGGGAGCUCCUGCUGAAGAUGAACAAGCCCUCGGAGGCCCGUGACGCCUACCUACGGGCCCUGGAGCUCGACCGCACCAACCCCGACCUGUGGUACAACCUGGCCAUCGUCAACAUCGAGAUGAAGGAGCCCACCGAGGCCCUCAAGAACUUUGAGCACGCGCUGGAGCUCAACCCGCGCCACAAGCUGGCGCUCUUCAACUCCGCCCUCCUCAUGCAGGAGUCUGGGGAGCCCAAGCUCCGCCCGGAGGCCAACCGGCGCUUCCUGGUGUAUGUGGAGGAGGAGCCCGAGGACGCCAACGGCUACUUCAACCUGGGCAUGCUGGCCAUGGACGCCAGCGAGAACGCCGCGGCCGAACGCUGGAUGCGCCGCGCCAUCUCCCUGCAGACGGGCUUCCGCAGCGCCCUGUUCAACCUGGCGCUGCUCUACUCGCAGUCGGCCCGCGAGCUGGACGCCCUGCCCGUGCUGGACGAGCUGCUCCGCUACCACCCCGAGCACGUCAAAGGGUUGAUCCUCAAGGGGGACAUCCUGAUGAACCACAGGAAGGACACGCAGGGCGCCAAGGCCUGCUUCCAGCGCAUCCUGGCCAUGGACCCGGGCAACGUGCAGGGCAAGCACAACCUGUGCGUGGUGUACUUCGAGGAGCGCGACCUGCCGCGCGCCGAGCGCUGCCUGGAGGAGACGCUGGCCAUGGCGCCGCACGAGGAGUACGUGCGCCGCCACCUGAGCAUCGUGCGCGGCAAGAUGGCGGCCAUGAGCGCGGCGGGCCAGCCGCUGAGCGCGGCAGAGGGAGCCGCCGCGCCGUUCCAGGAGGAGAAGGGGGCCGGGGGUGGGGGGACGACGACGACGGCGACGGCGGGGGUGGGGGUGGGGGCGGGGGCGGGGGAGGCCGAAGGAAGGGAGGAAGGGAAGCGCCCGGCCGCCGCCCUGGGAACGGCGUCGGCCGGGGAGAAGAAUGUGCGGAAAUCCCCCGCGCCCCGGCUCAAGGGCGUGGGCCAAUCGGAACAGCGGACUAAAGGGAAGUCCGCCGAGGAGAUAAAAGACAUAGAGACCAAGAGGGCAGCCGCCCUCCAGAGGCUGGAGGAGAUAGAGCGCAUACUGAGCGGGGACUGAUUUAGUGGGGGGGGGGGGGAGUGCUGCCCAGGUGACUCCCAGGACUGCGUCGGCAGACGUCUCUCCCUCGACCAGGUUCAGGCCGCGGUUCCCUGGGUUCAGUAACGGCGACACUUGUUGCUCCAUGCUUUAGUUGUUCUUAGUCACCUUCUUGUUGUUUCGUCGGCUCUGCACGGCACGGCUCGUCGAGGCGGCCACGUCGCAAAAACGGCACAAGGCAACAUGAGUCACGAGGCGCGGGAGCACGGCACAGAGGCCCUUUGACAUCUGUCACUUUUAAUCCUAUAAAUGAUGCCCGUGUGUGUGUGUGUGUUGGCAUUCGUUCAAACGGCAGUUUCACCUCUCCUGGGUUAUUGAUUUAGCCAGGACGCUGUGAGUCACUGGAUAUUUUAAUUUUUUUUCGAAAGCAUGACUCACCCCCACCCCCCCCCCUCAACCUCCCAAACAAAAUUGGAAUGAUUGUAUCGUUGACAAUGACAGGAAGUGACGCGCUUCCCCUCUUCCCACGCGCCGGGCGAGAUGCUGGUGUGUAACGCCUCUGGAAAUACACCCUGACACUCACACGGGCGAGAGAUCAACAACGCCUGCUCUGUGGGGCCCUCACCCCCCGCCCACCCUCAGAACCACCACCACCACCACCACCAUCACCACCACCACCAUCACCACCCGAGCUGUGAUUUCUCAGCAUACUUGCACAAAGCAGAUCCUGUCCUUUUUAUGCGCUGACACUAGUUCAACCCUCUAGGUUAUUUUUUUUUAUUGUAAAUUGAUUUGGUCAUGUGUGUUGGGGGGGUAUGCGCAGUGUUAUUAAUAUAAUCAUCUUUUUGCACUGCGGGCGUCGACAGACAGGCACCCACUUGUCGCAUUCUGUAAACUUUGUGAUGAGUUAUGGUUUGGGGACUCCGCGGGCCUUUUCCUGUCGCAGGAAACACUUGGCGGUGAGCGGCAGCGGCGCUACUUUCACGGUCAGUUUGGCCGGUGCGAGCAGCGGCUGGAACAACGCCCGUCGACGCUGUGACCACGUAAAAAAAUCUCAAUAAAAUUUUUUUAGAUGAUGGACUCCAUCACGGUGUUAUGCAGUGUACAUUAAAGUCGCCAGGAUGUUGAUUUAGGAACAGGUGUCUUUAUUUUUUACAUGCAGGCCAUGUCGGGUAAGGGCCCCUACCAGAUGAAUCACAGAAGUGAUGGGUUUACACUCCUGUGAUUCAUCUGGCCUUCUGGGGGUUCUCACGGCCGACUUAAAAAGGGAAGGAUUGUUUUCUUGGGUGUCACUGUAAAGCGCUGGCUGAAAAAUGUGCAAAUUUUUUGUUUUUCCCUUGGGUUGUUAGUUUGACUGAUGGGCUAACCCUUUAAGACAAAAACCCCUUUGGGACGAAAUGAGGAGGUGAUGUACUUUGAGGCAGGUACAGAGGUCGGGUGAAAUAUACCACGGCUUCUAUGUAUUCAAUGUUAUUUAUUUUAGGUUUGAUCUCGUUAUUAUGCACUGUACAAGAAAAACUGUUUAAAAAAAAAAAAAAAGUAUAUAUAUAACCACUGACAGUAUCGUUUGAAGCCAAGGUACCUUAUUUGGGAAAGUUGACUGACUACAGUUUGCCACAUUUAGUACGACUCGCCAGAAACGACAAUGGGUGCAAAACGCGUUCUUGUAUUAACCUGUGUCUAACUAAAAAAUGUUUAAUGAUUGUUUUAAUUUUGUUUCUUUUUUUACAAUUUCACAAAUCUUUUUUAAUGCAAUACCCGGGUGGGUUGUGGGAAUUUCAAACUUUAAAAUAAAGAAAUGGAAAAUUGCUGUGU